ACAAUAAUCCCAGUUCAUUUUCCAUCCCACUUCCGACACUAAUACGCAAAGUUGUGCUAUCAAUGCUAAACGAAAUUGAUUCUAGAUCGGAAUUGAUUUUGAAACUUGCUGCCCUAAUUCAAGAUUCAAGGGUGAUGAGGACCAUCAAGUCUGUCCUGAAUGUUAUAAAAAACCGUUAUCCAGAAGUCGGUGGAUGACAUUUUUUGUGCACCACAUGCAACCAAAAUCCUCUCGUCCACGCGAGGAUUGCUUUCUAUGCUGCACCAGGCCGUACACGAUCAUCUAUAUGCAUGUUAUGGGAUUCAAGGCGCACGGAUAAUUUCGAGUAAUUUCUCCAAAGAGUUGCGUCGGAUGUUUCUAUUUCGGGAGCAGAACAUUCGGAUGUCUUCGCAAAACAGAGUGCCCCACGUGGGUGGGAUCAUCACAUUGACAACUAGUGUCAGGAACCUUUUGGAAUCGUCGCUGAGACCAAAUCCGCCGGAGAACCGAAAUCCUUCAAUUAUCUAUGUUCCAAUUGGCAACGACCCUGGCACAUCUUUCAUCCCAGUUCCAACGCUGAUGCGCAAGGUUGUGAUAUCAGUGCAGGAUGAAAUUUGUUCUAGAUCGGAGUCGAUUUCAACAUUUACUAUAUUAAUUGAACACUCAAGGAUACCAGAAGCUGUCAAGUGUGUCUUGAGCGCUAUAAGAAACAGUUAUUGGGGUGAUGACAUUUUUUGUGCACCCGGGGCACCUCAAAUCCUUUCAUCCACACAAGGAUUGCUUACUACGCUGCACGGGGCACCAAAUGAACAUCUGCGUGCAUGCUAUGGGGUCCAAAGAGCACGGAUAAUCUUGAGAAGUUUCUCCAGUGGGAUCCUCUCCCUAGUACUUUCACCGAAUGGUCGUCACCUAAUCUCGGCCCCCUUAGAUGCCUCGCGCAUCGUGAAUGUGGCGACGGGAGCGCUACUUGGAGAAUUGGAGGAACACACUGGCCUGGUGCGGUCCGUCGCAUAUUCUUCUGAUGGUCUUCACCUGGCCCCAUCCUCUGGAGAUCCCACCGUCCGUAUCUACGAUGCAGCAUCCCUUCGAAAAUCGAAGGGACACACCAAUAACGUUCUCUGUGAGACCUUUUCACCGAAUCGCAGCCAUCUAGCCUCGGUCUCCAGUGACCACACGGGACACACAGAUUGGGUUAGGUUUGUGUUAUAUUCACCCAAUAGCCGUCAGCUUCAAAUGAUCGUACCGUCUUUUCCAUUACGUUUUCACUAGACAGCCGUUAUUUAGCUUCCCACGAUGACCAUAUGGCCUCUAUCUGACCUCUGUCUCGAGGAACCGUAUCCUACGUGUCUGGGAGGGUCACGACAGGUGCGGCUUAUCGAGACCUCAAAAAGCGGACCGGUGGCG